GAUACUCCCUCCGUUCCUAAAUAUUUGUGUUUCUAGAGAUUUUAACAAGUCUACCCUAAAUUAUGGAGCAAAAUGAGUGAAUCUACCCUAAACUAUGUCUGUAUACAUCCAUAUGUGGUAGUUCAUUUAGAAUCUCUAAAAAGACAAAUAUUUAGGAACGAAGGGAGGGAGUACUAUGUUAGAUUAAUUACUGAUACACACAGUGAACUCGUGAAUGUGCACCCUCUGUUGAUUGAAAGGAGUGUACUAGUAUCAAUUAAUCACCAGGCAUCUUUGUUGCUUCUUCUUAUGCAUUUCAUCAAACACUUGACAAACGCAACAAUUGACAAGGUUGGCGGCUCCAUCCAUGGAGCAGCGGCCUAGGAUAGGAAGAGCAGCAAUCAGCGCAGGAGGAAAGCAAGAACCCCGGCCAGCAUCUCGUCGCUGCUGCGACUCCUCACCGUGGUUCUUACAGCUGCGACUCAUGCGGCCACAUCGGUCGCGAUGUCGAGGUAAGAAUGGCACGCGGCGGCGGGAUGCAGGCACAGGCGCGCCACCGCGGGAGACGCCUUGGAGAUGUUCGAGGCGUGGGGCACAGGCCACCGACGAAGAGGAGGACAGAUCGGGCACGGUGCGUCGCCGGUGGUUCCGGCGGUUGGACCACGGGCAGCGGCGGCGGCGGUCACGAGUCGAACUCGGAUUGCGUGGUUUCUACACGGCGGGGCGUCGGGGGUCGAUCUAUAUCAGCCGGGCUGCGGGGAUAGAUCGCACUUUUCCUCGAUAGAUCACGCGCGACGUUCUCCUGGCGACCUAACAACCCGGCGAGCUUCUCUCGCCGACGGCGAGCAAAGAAUCCGGCGAGUUUCCUCUUUCUUCUCCGAUCAACAUUUGAAUUUUAGCAUCGCAAUUGUUCUAUUUACUUGUUUCGCUUGUGCAAUCACUUGGUCUCUCUGUUCUUUGUUGUGUCCUGUGUUUUGCAGAGAUGGCUAGCCAUGUCGCCGCGACUCUGCCGCCGCUGCUGCCUACCCCGGCGCGCUACCACCUCCUGACGCCUCCUCCGGCGGUGUACACGGCUCGUGUGGAGCUGGACAGCAAGAAGCAGCAGCCUGGACGUGCCUCGAUGAGCCGAAGCUGGAUCAAGGACAAGGCCGACCUUCCUGGACGUGGUUCCCGGAGCUCCAGCUGGGUCACUGACAAGACGCUCCGCCGUACCGAGACUCUGAACGGCGGCGUCGAGCGCCUCGGCCGCGGGGAGAUGCCGAGGGAGAACUGGAAGAGGCUGGCGAGCCGUGCGCCAUCCGUCGACCGCUGCGAGAAGAAGCCGAGGCCUCCCACUGAGAUGGUGGCAGCCUCGGAGGCAUCACUCCUCGCCGGCCCCGCCCCGUCUGUCGGCCGGUUCGAGAACAAGGCGACGGCUAUGACUGAGAUGGUGGCAGACUCGGUGGUGGCAUCCUUCGCUGGCCCUGCUCCGUCGAUCGACCUGUCGGAGAAGAAGGCAGAGCCUACGACUGAGAUGGUGGCAGACUCGGGGGCGGCGACACUCUUCGCUGGCCCUGCGGCGACGGUUGACCGGUCGGAAAAGAAGCCAAUGUCGCCGACCAUGGUGGAGACAUCACCCUUCGCUGGCCUCGCUCCGUUGAUCGACCGGCCCGAGAAGAAGCCGAAGCCUCUGGCCAUGAUGGAGGUGGACUCGGAGGCAUCCUUCUUCGCUGGCCCGACAUUCAUGGUGUCGCCAGACCCGAGCGAGCUGCCCAUGCCGACCUUCAUCAUGUCGCCGGACCCGAGCGAGCUGCCCAUGCCAACCUUCCUCUGCAAGCACAAGGUGGCUAAAGUGUUAGCUAGAUUAGUCGCUCUGAUGCUCAUUGAUCAGCAAGAUUGAAGCUGCUUUCAGUAUGUAGCUAGGUGGAGUAUGCUGAUCAGUAAGAUCAAAGCUGUUUUCAGUAGUAUAUGUAGCUAGGUGGACUAUGCUGGCAUGCAUGUAUGUAUGCCAAUCUAGCUAGGUGCAGAUGAUUAAUACAAUUGCCACCAUUUAUUCUCGAGCUUGGCACUGAUCUUA